AUGUUUCCUUUCCUUGUGCUCGCGUUGCUGCUCUGCUCAUCGGUCGAAGGAAGGUCCUUUGGAAGGAAGGCCUACGAAUUGGCGAGGCCAGCCACUGUGCCUAGCAAACAGCCUGUGCUUACCAUCCAUAGUAAGGAUGGUGAUGUGAUCGACUGUGUGGAUAUAUACGCUCAACCAGCCUUUGACAACCCCUUGCUCAAGGACCAUAAAAUUCAGGUGAGGCCUUCUUUUGUCCCCGAAGGAUUAGAACAGACAAAUUCGUCCCGAACACAUAGGUCCUUGUCCAAUUGGCGCAAGAGCGGAAGCUGCCCGGCAGGCACGGUGCCCAUCCUCAGAUCCGUCCCCAACCUCCGCCCCGGCCAUACCCUCCCCCAUGCAUCCCUCAAGAUUACCAAUGACGAUCCAAUCGACUAUGCUGCCGAAAAAAUUCAAGAGAAUGCGUGGUUGCGAGGGGUGUUCCCAAAAGGAUAUGGAGUGUUUGGAGCAUCUGCCGAACUGAACGUCUGGAACCCUCAUGUUGCGUCAAUAAACGAGACGAGCCUUAGUGCUAUUGUCGUUAAUGCUGGAGUCAAAGAUACUGAAUCACUUUGGGCAGGAUGGGCGGUCAAUCCGGCGUUGUUCGGUGACUACCAAACCAGAAUUUUCCUGCAGUGGCAUAGCUCCUCUACCGCUCCUUGCUACAACUUGAACUGUGGAGGCUUCGUUCAAACGGGCGAAGACAUAACCAUUGGGCAAACGAUCGCCACUUCCAGGAAAGGUGACAAGAAGCACCAGUACACCUUGAAAUUCGCCAUCUUCAAAGACAUGAAAACAGGAAACUGGAUUCUUACCGUCGACGACAAGCAAGUGGGAUAUUGGCCGGGCAAACUCUUCUCCCACCUGAGCAGCUGGGCCAACACUACCAUUUAUGGUGGAUCCGUUACGGACACAUUCCCUAGAGGACUUCACACCGAAACUCAGAUGGGCAGCGGAGAACCUCCGAGCAAGAAAGAUGACAACUACGGCACCGUCAGUUUCGCCGGCGACAUCAGAUACAUGAACGGCGACGGCAAAUUCAAGAGGCUCCCCGAUCAUGAGGCUCUGAUCUCCAAUUCCAACUGCUAUGAUCUGAUCUACCAAACACACAUGUUUAAAGAUCACAUCUACUUUGGUGGCCAAGGACACGGUCCUGACUGCGAAUGA